AAUGCUCCUCGAACAUGGCCAUACUGCCCGGGAAACUCACAGCAACCCAGGACCUCAUCACAGUAGAGCUUGAAUCCACUUUAAAUCCACUUAACGGAGGGGGGCUUAAACAGCUCAGCCAGACAGGUCCUGGGCCUCACCAAACUACAAAACCCAGAAUUCUGCAGGAGGCAGAAACCGGAUUUAAAGUGGAUUCAUGCUCUAGUGUAAUGAGGCAGUGGCCAGUGAUUCCUUCCACCACAUAUAUCUCCCGUGUUUGCCCUAAACAUGGGGACUCCACAAGCGCUUUUCCGAGCUUCCCCCCUGCAGCCCAUGCAAAGGCAGCCCUCCCCUUUGGGCUGGACAGAGUCCCAAAGCCUCCGCUCAGCAGGGAAAGCCAAAGAAUGUUCCUCACGCGGCUGACAUAACGCUCGCCCCCGCUGCUCUCUUUCCGGAUGUCCUCCGUAUAGAUAGAUAGAUACAUAGAUUGCGAGGCAGCCUUCCCCCUUCCCCGGGUCUUUCCCGCUCCCUCUAGGAAGUUCUAGCAAGACCCAGCCGGAUCCAAACUUCCACCUCCAGUUGGCAAAGGAUGAAGAAAAGAAGGAGGAAGCGACUCUAAGGGGAAAAGAACCCAGCUGUUUAUGCAAAUGAGGGGGCGUGUCGGGAGAGAGAGGCAGAGCUGGAGGCGAAUCCACGCCUCCUUAUGCAGAUGAGGGGGCGUGGCCAGCGGAGGGUGUGCUUGGGCUCUCCCCGGAAGAGCCAGGGACGCCUUAUAAACAAACUACUGAGGCGGAUAGCUUCAGAAGUGAAGUGACGCUCGGAAGGCGGAGGAGGAGGGAAGUGGGACUAUGGCUCCAUAAAGACAUCCCUCCGACUGAGGUUUGCCUUUACCGGCUCGCCAAUUCGUGCUGAUCCAGAUCGAAACCGGGAAUAAAGGAGGCCCACAGCUCGGCGAGGGAAGGGAUUGGUGUUGAUUUGAAGCCGGAGUCAGACCCCGGAGCAUGGCGGACGAGGCAAGCCCCCUCCCCAGCCCCAGCGACGGCUCGCCGCCCCUUCUUCCCCCUCCUCCCGCUUCGCCUUCCUCCUCCUCCUCCUCCUCCUCCUCCUCUUGCGGGUGCUGCUGCUGCGGCCUGGAGGGCGGGCGGCGGUGCAGCGUGCUGAGCUGGGCGCAAGUGCAGCGCCUGGACCGGCUGCUGGGCGAGCCCAUCCCGAUCCACGGGCGCGGGAACUUCCCCACGCUCUCGGUGCAGCCGCGGCGGAUCGUGGACGCGGUGCGGGGCCGGCUGGAGGAGCGGCGCAUCGGCGUGCGGGACGUGCGCCUCAACGGCUCGGCCGCCAGCCACGUCCUGCACCAGGACAGCGGCCUGGGCUACAAGGACCUGGACCUCAUCUUCUGCGCCGACCUCAAGGGCGAGGCCGAGUUCCAGACCGUCAAGGAGGUCGUGCUCGACUGCCUCCUCGACUUCCUCCCCGAGGGCGUCAGCAAGGAGAAGAUCACCCCGCUCACCCUCAAGGAGGCCUAUGUGCAGAAAAUGGUGAAAGUGUGCAAUGAUUCAGACCGAUGGAGUCUUAUCUCCUUGUCCAACAACAGUGGCAAAAAUGUGGAGCUGAAAUUUGUGGACUCUCUGAGGAGGCAGUUCGAGUUCAGUGUUGAUUCUUUCCAAAUCAAGCUAGAUUCUCUCCUCCUGUUCUAUGAAUGUUCUGAAAACCCAAUGACCGAAACUUUCCACCCAACUAUCAUUGGGGAGAGUGUUUACGGGGAUUUCCAAGAAGCCUUUGAUCACCUUUGCAACAAGAUUAUUGCCACCAGAAAUCCAGAAGAGAUCAGGGGAGGUGGUCUGCUUAAGUACUGCAAUCUCCUUGUAAGAGGCUUCAGGGCUGACUCCGAAUCGGAAAUGAAGUCUCUUCAGAGAUACAUGUGCUCGAGGUUUUUCAUUGACUUUUCAGACAUCGGGGAGCAGCAACGGAAGUUGGAGUCGUACUUGCAGAACCACUUUGUGGGGCUGGAGGACCGCAAGUAUGACUAUCUCAUGACCCUCCACGGGGUGGUGAAUGAAAGCACAGUGUGCCUGAUGGGACAUGAAAGGAGACAGACUUUAAAUCUGAUCACCAUGCUGGCCAUCCGGGUGCUGGCUGAGCAAAACAUCAUCCCCAACGUGGCCAAUGUCACUUGUUACUACCAGCCAGCCCCAUACGUAGCAGAUGCCAACUUCAGCAACUACUACAUUGCCCAGGUUCAGCCAAUGUUCCCGUGCCAACAGCACACAUACUCCACUUGGUUGCCCUGUAAUUAACAGCCUUUGAUGGACUUGAGGGGGAAUGUGUUUUCUCUCAAGCCAAUUAAGAGGGAGGGUGCCACUUCCCUUUUGAAGAUGGGGUGGUUUCUGUGCAGUGGUGGAUCUGCUCUGGCUUCUGAGCUAGCAGGGAAGCUAUUGAUUCUCCUACUUAAUGUGACAGAGCAUGAUACAGAAAAGAACCAAAAGCCUAUUGGAUUCCACCCCAGAACAAAAAGGCCUGUCAUGGAAAGCAAAUAGAUCCCCCUUGAAAUAAACCAAGGAGGAAUGCUUGAUGACAAUAUGGGUAGAAAACACCUGCUCCCAUAGCUAUGGCAUAGUGAAAGCUGGAAUCUUAAAAACAAAAAAGAGGGGGAAGAAUAUGAGCAUGGGAAGGGAGCUGAAUCUAUGUGCAGGAAUCUAACAUUAGUGGCCUCACACAAGAAAUGUGCUGGAAUAAGGUAUAUUUUGGAAUUACUGCCCUUUGGCCAUGCAUUUCAGUGCUGUCAAGUGGAAUGAACCCACAGAAUGUAUAGCUUGUUUGAACAGAAUGCUUUGAGAGUAACAACUUGCUUCAAAGAAAGAACAGUCAAUGGGAACAGUUACUACUUUUUUAAAAAAGUCAGAAAUAAGGAAGACAGCAUGCAGGGUGAUAGCAAAUUUCAUUAGUUCCAGCUGUGUGCAUGCUUCACAUUUUUUUAAAAAAUGUGGGAAAGCAAAAAAUUAAAACAAAAAACAGCUGUAGCAAGCAACAUAUGCUUCAGGACCAAAGAUUUCACAGAUAAGUUAUCUAAGUAAAGAGAACACAGUAAACAAUUACAAAAAGAGAAAAAGAGGGGAGGGGUGGGGAGAGAUUACUAUAUUUGUACACACAAAUGUUAGACAAAAGUGCCUGAUGCCUUCAGAAAAUUUGAAGUGAGAAAACUAUAGUUUUGUGGUUUAACUUUGCAUUUUUUAAAAUCAGGGACACAAGAAACUAAAAAUAAGCUUGUGAAUAAAUGGUGGAGGAAAUGCCUAUUUUUUCCUGGCAAAUACCUAUAUAAAGUUUAUAUUGGUGGUGUGAUAUUAUCAAGGUACGCGUGUGUAUGUGCGUGUUUAUUUGUUAUGUGUGUAUGAGUGUGUAUGUAACAUGUUAUGUGUAUAUACACACGUUUUAAAUAUUGUCUAGGAAAAUGUAGCAACUUUAAGGAAUGUUAUACAUAAAAGAAAAUGUGUUUUCCAGUCUGCAACAGGAUGUUAGAAUACCGUGGGCACUUUGCAGAGAGAGUCAUUCCCCUGUGUUAGAAAAUGGGGAUAAACAAGCUAGUUAUGCAUAAAUUUGGAUUGGAUUUGGUUGCAGGAAUAGAUCUUAAUGCUAAUUCAUUGCCCGACUUGUGAUUUACAACAAGUUUAUGUCUGGAUAAAAAUGUUAUUUUUUUUCCUCUAAUCUUGUACUGUAACAUGAUUUUGACACUUAACUCGCUUACUUUUGUGACUGCAUACCUCUAUGGUGUGUUAGAUGCCUAUUGCAAUAUGGUUCAAACACAGACAUCCACCCUGACAGCUAAAGAAUUUAGCUUUAGCCACUCGUCUGAAUGCCCAAUAUUAAUAUAUAUUUUAAACUAGCUGAAUGCGCUGUGCAUUCCAAGACCACUAGAAGUGAGUAAAUGUGAACCGUUAUGAAGAGCAUUGAAUAGAUGUUUAAAAUGUAUAUUAUAUAUUAUGCAACAAUUAAACAACUUUGAUCUGGUUGUUACACUGCAUUUUCCAGCUUAGUACUGUACCUUAUUUAAAAUGAAUUAAUUUUGCAUUGGAACAAAUAAUCAGAUUUAAUUUUAUUUUCCCCAAGAGUCAGAGAUCAGGGAAAUUGUUGUACUGGGAGUGAUUCCUCUUCUUGUAUUGUGACUUAUCAUACAGAAGAGUUUAAUUCUUCAGCCAAUUGCCUUUCCAAACAAACGUUGAUGGAAUACCGCAAAAGCUUUCAGAUAUACUGUAGUACAGAGCUUGUAAGCUCACAAAGAAGAAAAUAAUCAGUGGGUUCAAAUGCUUUAAAUGUGCUGGAUUGUGACCCAUUUGUUGUUUUUUCAUGGUAAGGAAAAAACCAAAGGUUAUAGCAUUGUACUGAAAAAAAAUUACCCAUUCCACCCACUACUUUAGAAUCAAAUAAAACAAUAGUGUAUAUGCAAUGCAGGCAACAAAAUGUUUAAAAGAACAUCAAAUAUUUAAAGUGAGGGGAUUGGUAAAUUGCUAAACAGGUAUUUUAGUAUCCCCUUAUCCAACUACAACCCUGGCAGUAUAUUUCCUCUGUACUCACUUUCAAUUAUAGAAGUUCCCUCCAAUUUUUACCAUUCUUUUUAUGUCUGAAGUGAAGUUUAGCAGGAUCUCAGUUUGUUUACUCAACCCCCUCCUAUGUAAAUUCAUCAGGAAUCAGUCAUAGCUCUGACCGUGGAAGCCCCUUGUCAUCACUUUUGCACUGUGUCUGCUUGACGCUUGCUAGCCAUGGCCUGUAGAAGUACACUCACACACACAGACUCACACAUACACUCUAUCCAGUAUUUAUGUCUAUCCUGCACAUGCAAAUAGUGCUCUGUGCUCAGUUGUGAAAAUGAAAUGUUUGCUUCUGGGAGCCUAGUCCUACCACAGCAGCAAAGCUGAGAGGGAGACAGUAAUUGUCCAGACCAAGAGUUUCGCCUCUGGUUGUUUGGAGGGCUUAUUAGUGGGGAAGCCAAGCUGAAGGUUGGGGAAAUAGGAUCAGCUGGUAACGCGGUAUGUCCUUUCUCACCACAGCUAUUUUGCUUCAAAUCAGUGAGUCAUCCACUACUGAACCGGGUUUGGGAAUUUCUUGUGCCACAGCCACAAAAUGCUGAUAAUACGUUAUACAUUUUCCUUCAGAGCAGACUUUUCCAUCUUUUCUUUAAAACAAACUCAAAUAAUUAGUAUUGUGACUUUUGGAUUACAGUCCUCCCUCCCCUCUUGGCUCACUUGAUCAAUUUGAUAUUUCUCUCUCUCUCUCUCUCUCUCUCUCUCUCUGGUCCAAUUUUUGUUGGUCGUUUUUACACAUGCUCCUGUGUUAAAAUUCAUGGAGUCUUUAAGUAGCUGGUUGCUUUAAGAAAAAGUGGUUUGAUGUUAGUGGUGAAAUGAAUCCAUGAUAUCAGGCCAUGAAUGAAAAUAAGAGCACACCCCCAAAACCUGUUUUGCGGUUCCCCACUCUAUGGAGCUCAGCUAUAUCUCUCCCACACAUUCCCCUCAGAUGUAAUAAAGGAGUAAUUUCUCAAAACAAAAACAACAAAAGAAGUAAAGGCCUGAUACCAUGUAGAAUCCUGUAGUAUUAACUCAGCAGAAUUAAGUUUAAAAUAUGCUUUCAUGAAACAAGGAUUUCUUUCCCAGGGCUGAGCUAAUAUAAGAUGUCUCGGAUACAAUGAAAUUAUUUCUGAUUCUGCUGAUGAAUUGUGAACCAAGACUAAAUUUUUUCUGAUACUAUUGGAAUUGUGGGGAGGAAGAAAAAGGAUGUCAGGCUUGUUUUUGCAGUAUAGUAGAAACCACAAUCAUUUUAGUGUUGGUUAUUCUAAAAUUCCUAUUUUUCCAUGUACCCUGUGUAUAUGAUUGCAAACUUUGCAUCCAUGUAAAUAUCACUCCCCUUUAUCAAAACCUUUUCUGCUCUGGAUCAUUCGGUUCAGGCAAAUGGAGUGGUUCUAUAUAUAUAUAUAUGUAAUCUGCAAUAUGCAAAAAUAAACAAGAAAAAUGGGAGAUGAGGAAAAAUGCUAGCUCCGUAACUUUUUAUUUAAAUGCUUUAAAACUUAUUUGCUGCUAGGUGUUGCACAAAAUUUCAUGCACAGCUUAUAAAUGCCUGUUGUAAUAUGCUUUAUUUGCAAGUUGUAUUAUUUUGAAGACUCUUAUCAAGUAAGAGAAAGCUUUAAAUGGUUUAUGAAAGAAAAAAAUAUGGAAAGGAAAAAGAGAAGCAAAAAGAGUAUAUAUCUAUCUAAAUGACAUAUCCAGCACUUUUGUUCUUUGUUUUUACUUUUUUGUUUGUUUGGUAUGGCUUUCUGUUUUCACUGCAAUUGAGAAAAUCCAAAAUCCAUGUACAGGUUUUGCUGUUUGCUAUUUUUUGCAACUAGUUAAACAUCAGAAAGGCCUACAGACUUCAGGACCGGGUUGGAGGUAGCGCCACAAAUUCUUGCAGUCUGUGGGAAGUGAUGCUGAUUUUGUUUUCCUUUAAAUUCCACACAACUGUUGUCUUCAGAAAGACAUCCUGUUGCACCAAACUGCUCCCUUGACUGCUUCUUUAGGAACGUCCAGACUCCGAGUUCUGUUGGCGGUUGAAACAAAGAGCAGAUGGAAAACAGACACUUUAACCAACAAAAAGCAUUCGCUUCUGUGCUAGAGGGAAGAGAUUGUGAAUUUUGUUUACAGCAUCCAAUAUUUGGAAUUUUUUGUAAAUAAAAAUGUUAUUUUUUCUA